CGACCGAAGUGCCCCAGAAGUCAUGCGCAUAUCAACUUCCUGUUAUAUCCGGAAACGAGGCGGGAAUGUGUGCAAAAUCUUUCUAGUAGUGUCUUUCGAGCUAGGUAGCGGAAUUUCAGCUUUACUUUAUAAAAUAUACGUACCAAAGCCCCAGUCAUGACAAGGGGACGUAUUGAGUUAGGAGACAUUACUGCCCAUAACAUCAAGCAGCUGAAACGCCUUAAUCAGUAUGUUUUUCCUGUAACAUAUAAUGAUAAAUUCUACAAAGAUGUCUUGGAAGUGGGUGAAUUGGCAAAACUUGCCUAUUUCAAUGACAUUGUUGUUGGUGCUGUGUGUUGCCGAGUGGAUAACUCUGCAACACAGCGCAGAUUGUACAUAAUGACUUUAGGCUGCUUAUUUCCAUACAGACGGCUGGGAAUUGGCACAGUGAUGUUGAAUCAUGUUUUAAAAAUCUGUGAAGAAGAUGGAAACUUUGAUAAUGUUUUCUUACAUGUCCAAGUAAACAAUGUUGGAGCAAUAAAGUUUUAUGAAAAAUUUGGAUUUGAAAUAGUUGAAGAAAAGAAGAAUUACUACAAAAGAAUUGAACCAGCAGAUGCAUACGUUCUACAAAAAACUUUUACAAAAACCAAACAGCAACAAGCUUUACGCCGUAUUGAAAAAUAAUUUUCAGAAUUUGAAAGAAAAACAAAAUCUUUUCUCCUUCCUCAAAAAGCAGGCCAUGUGAUGAUCAAUGUUUUUGUACAUAAACAAGCAGUUGUCUGACUUGGAAGAAUAUAUAUAUGUGCAUGUGUUUGUAUAUAUAGACAGAUAUACCUGCACACACACAUAUAAUGUAUGUAUAUAAAGUUUAUUAAAAGUUACAUGACUCGAUUUAUUUUAUGACUGGGAAGAUUCAACAUUUCUAUCACAUUUCACAACCUGAGGGAAUAAUUUUUUUGUCUGCUCUUUCUAUCCCUCUGUUCUGGGUUUUUUUGUGCAGAUUUUAUUUUGUGGUUUUAAUUUAUUUUGUUUGAUUUGAAUCAACAUCCUGUCAAAUACCAAAAUUACCAAGAACCUCUUUUUCUAAUAGAUUUGGUGUUGAUGACUGGGAAUAAAAAUUGUUUGGUAAUGUU